AUGACCGGGUCCACCCUGUCUCCUUCAACCUUAUCGCUCCAUUCUCGGCUUUUGUGCAACGAUGUCCGAGUUUCGGAAUAUUCAGGGUCUCGGAUCGUCAAUACGGGUCUGGUUCGCUUCUUUUUUGUGCAUGUUCGGGGUGACUCAGUUUCCAUCAGCCUAUAUUCUCGUACCGUGCGUCUGUUAGGUAUGAUGGGCCUAGAAACCUUUGGCUCUCGGGAGUAG